UAUGGCAAAUUGACUACGAUCAGCUGGGCGGGGUUAUCCAAACAGGAACACUUUAACAAUUAAUUUUGUUCGUUUCGGAACGUCCCGAGAAAUGUCCAAAACACGUGACUUUGGAGGCGGGUCUCACGGACAGCUCAUACGUGACUCCUUGUGCAGCCCUUGUGGGUUGUUAUGAGUGGCAAGUGCAGCGAAGUUGCUUUUCACCUAUGCAGAUUCACUGAACAAAGAACUUGCUAGCUCAGUCUUCACUUCUUCAGAGUUGCGAGUCAUUAUGCUGUUGUCAGGUGCUCUAAGUAACGCUGCUGAGGCGCUGCACCCAGGCCAUCUCUGCAUCCUGGGUCUUUUUUAACCUGUGUAUAGAUAUCUGGUGUAAAUGUGAUCAUAGGAGAAUUAACUACUAUUCCACAGGUGUCUAAUGUUUUCAAUGCAGGGGAUACACUGAGCAAGCAAACAGAUCAGACAUCAACAUUCGUGUUGUGUAAAUGUAUAUCAUAAACAGUAGUGCUGAGAACAGUAACAAAUAAAUACUAAGAAAGAUAAGAAUUCUGUCAUUAUUUAGUUUACUGUACUUGUACAAAAUUAAUAGUGUUCCCUGAGAUCACAGAUUCAUAAUAGUAGUUUUUUUUUUCAGAAUGUUCUGUACUACUUAGCAUUUAGUGUCCUUAAACAAAGACUUCCAGGCACAAUGUUGAAAUUUGGUGCUGGAGGAAUGAUAGUUAUUAAUCUGAAAUUUGUAUACAUGAAUAGAGCAAUCUAUAAUAAAUUCUUAGGAUAAUGGGGGAAAUAUAUA